CCCUUUUCCUGAUCUUUUCCUCCAUUUUUAUUGUAUUGGCCUAAAUUUGAGGUUCUGCUUCUGUUCUCGCACGGAGAGAUUCCUCUUCAUCUCCUUCCCUCUCUUCUUCUCUCUCUCUCUCUGUCUUCUCUGCUUCUGUUCGCUGACAAAACCUACUCUCUCAUUCAAGGCAUAGAUUCACAGCGCCGAAAGACAGAGAAGAAGCUCGAGCGGAGCUUUUGGCCUUUUUCAGAGUGGGAGCUGAAGCUCUUCUUCAACCGCUCGCUUCGGAGUCCCGGAAAUCGCUCAAAAUGUCCCAGACCAACUGGGAAGCUGAUAAAAUGUUGGAUGUUUACAUCCAUGAUUAUUUGGUAAAGAGAGACUUGAAAGCCACUGCUCAGGCUUUUCUAGCUGAAGGGAAAGUGUCCUCUGAUCCUGUCGCAAUUGAUGCCCCCGGAGGUUUUCUUUUCGAGUGGUGGUCGGUUUUCUGGGAUAUUUUCAUAGCUCGGACCAAUGAAAAGCACUCAGAGGUUGCGGCAUCUUAUAUUGAGACGCAGUUGAUGAAAGCGAGGGAGCAGCAGCAGCAGCAGCAACAACAGCCGUCCCAACAACCACAGCAUCAACAGCAACAGCAGCAGCAUCAGCAGCAACAGCAGCAGCAGCAGCAGCAGCAGCAACAGCAGCAGCAGCAGCAGCAGCGAAGAGAUGGAGCGCAUCUUCUAAAUGGAAACUCCAACGGGCUUGCAGGAAAUGAUCCCCUAAUGCGACAGAGUCCUGGAGCUAAUGCCCUGGCAACAAAAAUGUAUGAGGAAAGAUUAAAAUUGCCACAUCAGAGGGAAGGUUUGGAUGAAACAGCUAUUAAGCAACGUUUUGGUGAGAAUGCGGGCCAGCUUUUGGAUGCCAAUCAUGCAUCAAUUUUGAAAUCAGCAGCUGCCAGUGGCCAGCCUUCGGGGCAAGUAUUGCAUGGUAGUGCUGGUGGGAUGUCUCCACAAGUUCAAGCUCGUAACCAACAGCUGCCUGGAUCCACACCGGACAUAAAAAGCGAGAUCAAUCCUGUGUUGAACCCCAGAGGCCCUGGUCCGGAAGGAUCUUUGAUAGGGAUUCCUGGGUCAAAUCAGGGUGGUAAUAAUCUGACUUUGAAAGGCUGGCCACUUACUGGACUAGAGCAGCUUCGCACGCUUCAGCAGAAGCCCUUUAUACAAACCCCUCAGCCGUUUCACCUGCAUCAACAGAUGCUACCACAACACCAGCAGCAGCAGCUUGUUCUUGCUCAGCAAAAUUUGACCUCACCAUCUGCCAAUGAUGACAACAGAAGACUCCGGGUGCUUUUGAACAGUCGGAAUGUAAUGGGCAAGGAUGGACUUCAAAAUUCCAUCGGAGAUGUGGUCCCGAACGUUGGAUCACCUUUACAAGCUGGUGGACCCCGAGGGGACACAGAAAUGAUGAUGAAGUUUAAGUUGGCUCAGCUUCAUCAGCAGCAUCAGCUCCAACAACAGGUCCAACAGAACAGUAAUCCUCAGCUGCAGCAGCAGCACGUACUUGCGAAUCAGCAAUCUCAGAAUUUGAACCACAAUCUUCAUCAACCAGAGAAAAUGGGUGGUGCUGGUAGCGCUAACAUGGAUGGUAGCAUGUCGAAUUCCUUUCGAGGAAAUGAUCAGGUUUCAAAAAGCCAAUCUGGGAGGAAACGAAAGCAGCCAGUGUCAUCUUCAGGUCCUGCCAAUAGCUCUGGAACUGCGAAUACUGCGGGUCCCUCCCCUAGCUCUGCGCCUUCCACACCGUCAACUCACACUCCUGGUGAUGUGAUGUCUAUGCCUCCAUUGCCACAUAGUGGUAGUUCGUCCAAGCCAAUAAUGAUGUUCGGUGCUGAUGGCACUGGAAGUCUUCCAUCGCCUUCAAAUCAAUUGGCAGAUAUGGAACGAUUUGUAGAGGAUGGGUCUCUUGAUGAUAAUGUUGAGUCUUUUUUAUCUCAUGACGAGACAGAUCCUCGAGACACUGUUGGUCGCUGCAUGGAUGUUAGCAAAGAAUUCUCAUUUACUGAAGUGAGUACUAUACGAGCAAGCGCCAGCAAGGUUGACUGUUGCCACUUCUCAUCAGAUGGAAAACUACUUGCUACUGGUGGACAUGAUAAGAAAGCUGUACUGUGGUAUGCAGAUACUUUAAAGCCAAAAACAACUCUGGAAGAACAUUCUGCUUAUAUCACAGAUGUUCGUUUUAGUCCAACCAUGCCUCGCCUGGCAACAUCUUCUUAUGACAAAACUGUCAGAGUCUGGGAUGCUGACAAUCCUGGUUAUUCUCUUCGAACUUUUAUGGGGCAUUCUGCUGCUGUUAUGUCUCUGGACUUCCACCCAAAUAAAGAUGAUCUUAUCUGCUCUUGCGAUGGGGAUGGUGAGAUAAGAUACUGGAGCAUUAAUAAUGGCAGCUGUUCGAGGGUAUUCAGGGGUGGCACUGCCCAGUUGAGAUUCCAACCCUGUCUCGGAAGGUGUCUUGCUGCAGCUACAGAUAAUGUCGUAUCUAUAUUGGAUGUAGAGACACAAGAGUGCAGGCAAACUUUGCAGGGGCAUGCUAAGACAAUCAGUUCUGUGUGUUGGAAUUCGACUGGGGAGUUUCUUGCGUCUGUCAGUGAGGACACUGUGAAAGUUUGGGCAGUUGGGUCAGGUAGUGAAUGGGACUGUGUACAUGAAUUGAGCUGCAAUGGAAACAAGGUUCACUCCUGUGUGUUCCACCCAACUUAUCCUUCACUUCUGGUGAUUGGCUGCUACCAGACCCUGGAGCUGUGGAAUAUGGCCGAGAACAAGACAAUGGCUUUGCCAGCUCAUGAUGGACUAAUUGCUGCAUUGGCAGUGUCAAAUUUGACAGGCCUGGUUGCUUCAGCUAGUCACGACAAGACAGUGAAGCUGUGGAGGUGAUACUUUGGCAUCUCCAGGUGUUUGUCCUGCGCACUCAGAUUGGAAGACUGAAUUUGCUGUUCCCGUUCAAGUGCAUGUAUCUUGUCCUUGUAUCAGUUGCCUCAGUACGCCUAGUCGGUGUCGUCUCACUGAUACUAAUAUAGAUCUUAUCAUUAGCGAUGGGAUUUAACUUUGUGACAUUUGCUGCUGUUGUACAUCGGUUGAUGACUUCUUUUCUUUUGUUGAGUUGAAGCUUUCUGCGAAUGCUUCAGUGACAUGUAACGUUUUGCCUCUCCUUGGAGAAGGGAAUGUUCUCGGACAGGACUCUACAUUGAUAAUUGCCAUCUUCUCUCCCUUGGUGUUCAUGCCAUGUCUUUCUUUCUCGGACUUCGACGUCACUUACUUUUUGGGUUGGAUUGGAAUUCUCAUUGUCGGUUUC